ACGUCAUUUGACAUUUCCAAAAGUGGGAAUUGGGAAAACGACUAUUGAAAAUAAAAACUAAAAAGUUCAUAAAAUUCCAAACAAUACAUAGAACUUUUCUAUUACAUAACAAAGUUACUAGAUUGUAAGUGUAACACGUUGCAGUGUAAUACGUUCUUUAAUUACGAAGAGUUUGUUGAUAAAGUUGUGUUGUUUGAAAAAGCUCUACAUACUAUGGAAGGUCCUGGUAUGAGCUUGUUUCAAGGUGCAGCUAGUAUUCACAUAAAUAAUAGCGCGCAAGACAGGCUAGAAGAGCAGGAAGAACUAGAAGAUCGGAAGCGUCGCGACGAAGAGCUGAAACACAAUCUGGCGAAUGCUUUCGACGAUCUACACGAAGAUGAUAAUAGUUCUGUUAACAGUAGUGGAAAUUACACUUUAGACGCGACUUGUCCCAAUGAAGCUCAGCAUCCAAUCAGAACAGGGUUACCGCCUACAUAUGUAGAAUCUCUAAAUCACUUAAAGGAAAUUCAACAUGCCUCAGAACCUUCAAAGCCCUUUUGUGAAACACCUAAAAAUCAUUUGCAACAUUUGAGAACUAUGGAAGAUCCUAUAAAGCUGCCUUACAGUCCAUAUGGUGCUGGCGAUGGACAAAACCAUUAUUAUAAUCAAGAAUACAGAGGUAUACCAGCAGGACAUAUCAAUGGCAUUAAUAAUUUUGAAGCCAGGCAAGACUACAUGAAUGACGAAACACUUAAAGUUAUGUAUGAGAUGCGUCUAAAAGAAUGUCAACAACUAGCAGACCAGAGACAAAAACUUGACAUGGAGGUAGACAGCCUCCGAGCGAGACUCACAGCUGCCUUGCAAGACAAGGAUAAGGCGGAGUUUUCCUUGCAAGAAGCUCAUUGCUUACUUGCAUCAAGCAAGCACAAGUCAAUAGAGCUGGAACAGCAACUGACGUCACUGACGGAGAAACUGGUGGGCAGUGAGCAGGACAAAGAGCAACUGAAGCUGGAGCUCCGAGCCGCUAAUAUGGCGGUGCAGGAGGCUCAGCAACGGCUCCACACUAUGCAGGUGGCACAUUCACAUGACACUGAUGCGCUGUUCAGAGAACAGCAAGAUAGACAUCGUGAAGAAAUGGACAGAUUGCAAAACGAUUUAAUGAGAGCUAAAAGUAGGCUGGACGAAAAGGAUAAUGAAAUAAAAAUGCUAGAAAAACGAUGUACAGAUCGCGACAGAGAGAAAGAGGCGAUCCUAAUUGAAAAAGGUGCUACUAUAAAUCGUCUGGCCAGUGAAUUGGAAGUGGCACAGAGUAGACUGGUCAGUGGAGAAACUAACCAACUGAAAGAAAAAGUGCUACACUUGACCAAUGAAAGGAAUACGGCUAGAGAGCAAGUCAAGGAACUGGGGUCAAAAUUAAAAGCUACAGCGCAGGAACUGGUGAUGUGUCGCAACAAGAUGGCGGCCACUCAGAGAGAGUAUGAGAACUGGAGAACUACGCUCAACCAGAUACUGAUGGAGGCACUGCCUGACAACUGUUACAGUUUAGGUGAUCCACCAUCUCCUGGCAAGUUGGCGACUUUGAAGGAAGUGUUGAGUCGACACAAACAACAGAUCCAAAAACUGUCUACCAUGCAAGAAGAAAUAGCAAAACGCGAAAAACGAUUAGAGCAAUACAGGAAACAAGAAUCCGAACUAAGAGCAAAGCUGGAAGAACAAAAAGGCAUAGAGAUGCAACUGAACUCACGUCUGGCGGUUCUACAAAACAAAGUGGAACUUCUCGGAACUAACACUGACAGCGAUCUGGUAGAGAGUUAUAAAGUACAGAAUGAACAAAUGAGAAAGGACGCCGAAGAACUGAGAGCUGAAAUGAAAAAUCUAGAAUUGAAAUACACGGAGUUGGAAAUGGAAUAUGACAAACUAAAAGCCGAAAAAGGCAGCCGCGCGUCGCUCGUUCAAGAAGCGAACGCCGAUCUCUUACGGGAACUGGAGACCUAUAACGGACGAUUAAAAGACACGUUAAAGGAAAACGGAGAAUUAAAAACGUUGUAUUUACAGGUAUGCAGCGCUCGCGACGCAGUUACAAGGGAACUGAAAGACGUACAAAUCAAAAGUCAGAGAGAAAUUGAACAGUACAAAUCUCAUGAGAGGGAUUACAUAGAGCGAAUAGAGAAAGAAAAAAGGGCUGUUGAAAAGUUGACAAUGGAACUUUCCAAUGCUAAAGAAGAGUUAGAAAGAGCCAAUAAGAGAAUAUCGGAGCUUCAGAAAGAGUUUACGGACAAACAGAAGGAGUUUACUGAGAAGCUUAACAAGUUUCUUGAAGAUGAAAAAAUUGCAAUGCGAAAAGAGAUGGAAGCAUGUGCCCAGUGUGAAAAACAGUUAAAGCACAUAAGGACUUUGGAAGAGCAACUGAGCAAAUACAACAUGAAAUUGGCAUCCCAGGAAAGUAACGAAACGCUAAUGAAAGAAUUGAAAGGCAAAGCGGAGUUCUUUCAAAAGUACAUAAUGGAGCGAUACAAGAAACUGAGCGAUCUUCGCUCCGUCGGCACCAAUACUGAAGACUCCUUACCGCAGACCGCCCCCAGUCCAGAACCGGCACCCGAUUGUGAUGAUCCUCUCGCUGCUAAGACUGCAUUAAUGAUGAAAGAAAAAGCUAUAAGAGAUCAGAUAGCUGAGAAAUUCACACUAGAAAUCAAAACUAUCGAAAUGAACUGCGCGAGGCGACUAAAAGAAAUGGAGACUGAACAACUAUCAACUGUGACUAAACUAAAAGACUUACUAGAACGAAAGGCGAAGGAAAUUGAUACGUUAAAGGAGUUCAUACUAUCGGAGAGGGCAAAAGUCACGCAAAUAUUAGAGUCAAAGGAAAAUGAGAUAUCGGUGCUUAUUAAGGAGCACAAUGAAAUGCAAAGUGAAUGCCAAAGAGCGAAGGACGAAAUCGGCGAAUGGAGGCAUAAAGCUGAAAAAUAUAAGGAGCGGUUAUCCCGUCUGGGUUCCUUAGAAGAUAUAUUGAAGAAAGAAAAAGAAGAUUGGAAACAGAAGACCAGUUCGAGUGCUAAAGAGUGUCAGUCGCUGAAGACCAAAAUGUUAGAGCUGCAAUCAAGUUUGACGCAAAUAGAGCAGAAAUACACCAAGUUGCAAUCUGAUCACCAAAUGCUCCAAGAGAAAUAUAAGAACGCCAAAAGAACUGUAUUAACUUAUAAGGAAUAUAUGGCGAAAAAAGACAGCCACAUCAACAACGAAAUGAACAGGAUACAAGACGAAUACAGAAAGAUAUUCGUGAAGCUGCAGAACCAGGUCAACUACUAUGUGAACUGUCGAGUGCAAGAAGAACGGAAACAUAAAGAAAAGCGGACCCCGUCGCAGUCGCAGCAAUACGCGCAAGUUGAUUAUACAGCAAGAAUAAAUGAACUGACAGAAGAUUUUGCCCGUCUCGCCCAAGCCAACUUCCAAGAUACCCCAGACAGUGUCCACUGACAAAAAGUGCUUUACAUGAUGGAUGCCGAGUGGCUAGCACGCAAGUUAAUAGAUACAACGUCACGAUCGCAAUCACUUUCUAAACUAUGGACGUAGUACAAUCGGUUAAGUAUACAGAAAUGGAUAUACUUAAUAUCGACUGCGAACUGACAACUGGUACUAUAUCAAUUUUAUCAACUUUACAGGAUGAAAGAAUAAACUGUAAAAGAACAAGUGUAAAUUAAAAAUUUAUAACACCCCCGACAAGUGAAGGUUACAGUAACUAGAAAAGAGCUGAUAAAUUUCAAACAGCUGAACCAACUUUCUUGGAU